AUGUCUGCGUCGACCACCGGUGCAUGUGACACGUCGUCGCCGUCGAGUGAGUGGCCGUCGUCGCCGCCGGAGCUCAUGGAGAAGUUUCCGUCACAGAAGCAGGUUGAGGUUGCGCUGUUCGCGAGCCCCGGCGCGGGCCACCUCAUCCCGCUGGUGGAGCUCGCGAGGCGGCUCGCCACGGACCACGGCUUCGCGGUCACGCUGGUCACGCUCACCGGCAUGUCCGACCCGGCCAAGGACGCCGCGGUGCUGUCCUCGCUGCCGUCCUCCGUCGCGACCGCGGUGCUCCCUGCUGUGUCCCUCGCCGACCUGCCCCCGGACAUCGGCUUCGGUACCCUCAUGUUCGAGCUCGUCCGCCGCUCGCUGCCACACCUCCGCGCGCUCAUGGAGGGCGCCAGCCACGGCCCGGUGACCGCGCUCGUCUGCGACUUCUUCGGAACCGCGGCGCUGCCGCUCGCCGCGGAGCUCGGCGCGCAGGGGUACGUCUUCUUCCCGAACAGCUUCGCCAUGAUCUCCAUCAUGCGCCACAUCGUGGAGCUCCAUGGCGACGUCGCCCCCGGCGAGUACCGUGACCUCCCGGACCCCCUCCCGCUCCCUGGAGGCCUGGUUCUCCGCCACGCCGACCUCCCCGACGGGUUCCUUGACCGGAACGACCCAGUGUACGCCUAUCUCGUUGAGGAGGCACGGAGAUACGGCCGCGCCGACGGCUUCUUGGUCAACAGCUUCGACGAGCUGGAGGUCGCCAUGGCGGAAACGUUCAAGCGGGACGCCGAGGACGGCGCGUUCCCUCCGGUGUACCCUGUGGGGCCCUUUGUCAGGUCAGGCUCCGGCGAAGAAGCCGAUGAAUCGGCAUGCCUGGAGUGGCUGGAUCGCCAGCCGGAGGACUCGGUGGUAUACGUCUCCUUCGGCACCGGGGGCGCGCUAUCCGUGGAGCAGACGGCCGAGCUCGCCGCCGGGCUGGAGAUGAGCGGACACAGGUUUCUUUGGGUCGUGCGCAUGCCGAGCCUUGACGGCAACCCCUGCGCCCUAGGGACGAUCCCUGGCGACAAGGACGACCCACUGGCGUGGCUCCCUGACGGAUUCUUGGAAAGGACGAGCGGCAGGGGCCACGCCGUCGUGGCGUGGGCGCCGCAGGUGCCCGUGCUGUCCCACCCGGCGACGGCGUCCUUCGUGUCGCACUGCGGGUGGAACUCGACGCUGGAGAGCGUGGCGGCCGGCGUGCCGAUGGUAGCGUGGCCACUGUACGCGGAGCAGAAGACGAACGCGGCCAUCCUGACCGAGGUGACCGGCGUGGCGCUGCGGCCGGCGGCGCGCGGCCACGGCCACGGAUUGGUGACGCGCGAGGAGAUCGCAGCUGCGGUGAGGGAGCUCAUGGAGGGGGAGAAGGGAAGCGCGGUGCGCGGCCGGGCGAGAGAGCUGCGUGAGGCUUCGAAGCGGGCGUGGUCGUCGGAAGGGUCUUCCCGGCGGGCGAUGGGGGAAGUCGCCGGCAAGCUGAAGGCUGCACUUGUCAACGGGAAUGAAUCGAUUGCAUGA